CAGAUACAAACAAUUUUACACAAGAAUCGCAACAACAAAUUAAUCAAAUAGUCUAAAGUGAUUUUCUAUUGAAAAUGAGUAGAAUGGAUGAAGUCAAUUGAUUGAGCUGCAACAGGUAGAAUCCCUCCGUGUCUGCACGGAGUACAAUACCUACAGCCGGCCAAUAAUCAAGGCCGAGGUGCUAAAUGAACCGUACUCCGCCGUAGUUCUCAACAAAAGUGAAAAAGACCUUGCCGGGAAAACAAGAAUGCCCGGUCCGGGUCCGCACAUGAUAUACACACUCGGAUCUGGCCUGGCCUUGAUGAGCACAUCCAACGGCCAUUUCAGCCCUCACCACUGCCUUACCUACUCCAUCAAUGCUUUCUUCGGGCCGGACAUUGGCUCCUUCUGCGAGUGGUUGUCUUCUACACUCGGGCUAGGUGGGGAUUUAAGCUCGUCAAUUGAGCCAUGGAUCCACGACCCUUUCUACUAUUUCAUCAUUCUGGGCUUCCCACUUUCUCUGCUCUACAGCUGGGCCUCCAAGUUCCUCCUCCGCAAAGGCUUUCUUGAUUCCAUUUCUGGGGUCUGCCUUAAAGCUCUAGAAACAAACUGUUCCUCUUACAAAGAUGCAGUGUUUUUUGUUGGUGGCUGCUGGUUCUUUAUCACAUUUUUUCUUGGACCAUUUGUUUGAGGAAAAUGGGCAUUCAUCCAUGUAUACUUGGAUAUUGAGCACAGGUUGGUGGAAAGGACGAGCUCCCAUCAAUCCGGUUGCUGUUGUAAUAAUUAGCCUUCUGUGCAUAUUAUUGAUCGGAGGCUUUGUGUAUAUUAACAGGGUGAGCCCCUCAAAACGGCUUAAGAAACAGUGCUAUCAGUCGGCGAGACUCAUCCUGGCAAUUGCUAGCUUGUACUGCUUAUGGUGUGGAAGCCAAAUUUACGUGAUCAACCCUCGCCGGCCUGCAGUCGGUGAAGAAGCUGAUUUAGGUGUUCUUGUGUUUCUUGGUGUUUAUUUUUUCCUUCCUCAGUGGCUGUGCAUUCUCUCUAUGAAUUCAAGGAAUUCCCAGGGUGCGGAAAUGUUGCCGCUUUAAACUUGAUGACCAUACUAACAAAUACUCUCUCUAAGCUCUAAGCGCAGUCAGGUUCUUUCUGCACUAGUUUUGUAUAUCACUAGCUUGUUGAAAGCAAAUGGCAGCUCUGAGGCUCUAAGCUUAAGUACAAAGUGUACAAUUGUUCUUUUGUGUCCAACAAACAGGGGCACUCUUCUUUUGAAACUACCGGUAAUGUGUACC